UUACGCUCGGAAACAAGAUGGUGGAUAUUGUGUUUGUCUUGCCGACUUGGCAAGCAAUUUUGUUAUGUUUUUUAUUUGCUGUCCUUUAUGUUGGAAGCCUGUAUAUUUGGGGAGGAUCGACAAAAGAGAAAAAUAGAGACCAUCCUGAUGUCAUCAAAAGAAGGUUCAUUAGUGUCCUCAUUGUGUGUACAGUCACACCAUUAAUACUUUUGUUAGUAUCUAAAGCAUCAGAUACAGCGGAGGCUAACCAUCUUCUGACAUGGCUUGGCAUAAGAUUUUGGGGAUUACUACCAGCUUUAGUAGUACCUUUGUUUUUGACUAUGGUUUUAUUUUUAGGACCCUUGUCCUUGCAUUACUUAGAUGGAGUUUUCAGGAUAUAUUUAGAGGCUAAAUAUUGGACUAAUUCAGUCAAGAACUAUGUGUGGAUCAGAAAUCACAUAGUGGCUCCACUUUCUGAAGAAUUUAUUUUUAGAGCAUGUAUGCUGCCUCUAUUAGUGCCUUGUUUGGGAUCUGGCUGGUCCAUUUUGUUAUGCCCAUUAUUUUUUGGUGUUGCUCAUUUCCAUCAUAUGAUUGAAAAAGUUGCUCAUGGUCAACAGGAAGUAGCAGCAGCAUUCAAAGAAUCUCUUUUUCAGCUUUCUUACACAACAAUAUUUGGGGCUUAUUCCGCAUUUCUUUAUUUAAGAACAGGUCAUCUUGCUGCUCCAGUUAUUGCACAUGCCUUUUGUAACCACAUGGGAUUCCCUUCAUUUGGUGAAGUCAUGGGCUACCCAGCAUCAACAAGAUAUAGGUUGAUAGCCAUGUUUGUUUUAGGCCUUGUCCUCUGGACUGUGCUCCUCUAUCCUCUAACAUCCCCAGCUCUCUACUCCAAUGAAGCAUUUCAAGCCUGAUGAAUGAACUCUUGGUGUGCAUGCUAGUAAUGCUGCUGGAGUGUGUCAGUACAGUCAACAGUAUUUAUAGGUCUGAGAUUUAAACUUGUUUAAUUCAUUGCAAUUGUAAAAUAGCUUCAACAUAUACAUAGGGCUUAUAGAGAGUGCUUUUAAUACUAAGAGUUUGGAACUGUUAUUUGUGGUUUUAGUAGAACUAUUGCUGCUAUUUAGUUUGUUCAUUUUGAACUAAGGCAAGAUAAGCAGGAGAAUAUCAGUACAGUUUUUUGUUAUUCUCCUGACUUGUACAUUUUAAAUGGCCCUGCCUAACACUGAUGGCUAAACAAGUCUAUCAGUCUGUAACAGCCAGUUAAAAAAAAACCUAUCUUUGUGACUGAGUAGUUUGAUAGUAUUACAUUAUUUAAAAUUAGAAAGUGUGUGCCUUGUAUUUCUUUGAUUGACCAUUAGCUGUUUAACAACUAUACAAAGUUGUCAUUUGUGUUAAACUGUUUCUUUUUUUUUUUCAUUGUUUAAUCUAGUUUACAAUCAGCCUAUGUUUUGAAUACAUUAUACAUUUAGCAAGAGCUUUUAUGCAAGCUAAACUCACAAUAAAAUGUACAAACCCUAUGCAUCUACUUUGUACUUUAUUGUCUCUGGUACGGUACUUAAAUGCUAUUUAGUCUGUAUGGUAUUGUAUUGUUUUGUUUAUAGGGAAUCAGUGUAAAUAAGAUCGCAAAAUCAUUGUUUUGAUUAGAAAAAAGCCAAGCAAUCAUUGUAGUUUCUUAAAGAAGCAUAUUUCAUGCCAAUUUUAUUUGGUACCCGGUACCAGGUUUUGUUAUAAACAUCCCAGAUGAUUUGGUAUGAUUCAAAACAAGGAAUCAAAUGUUUCUAGAUCAACAGUUUCUACAAUGUGAUCAGCAGAAUUCCAACACAAAUAAUUCUUGUAUUGUUUGCAUUACUUGAUAUACUUUCUACACAGUUUUGUUUGUACAAAUCUAGUCUUUUUCUUUUUUUUUUUUUGUUUUCAUUUCUAUUUUCUUGACUGUAUUUUGAUAUAUAACAAUAUAUAACAACUUCUUACACUGACAAACAGCUGAUGUUCCAGUUUAUACAUUUUGUAAACACUGUACAACAGUAUUAGUUUUCUUAUGUGUACCAAGCAAAGUCUGCAUUCCCAUAUCAAUGUUUUUAAAAGUUAAUCUUAACUUCAAUUUCCAUUCCUCUCACAAAUUGAGUCUAUUAAAGGUAGACUUAGAGACUUGGAUUGUUAGGCACACAUGUCUCCAUAGAAAUUGGUCUCCAGCAAUGUUUACAGCCUCACCCCAGCUGGUGUCCACUGCCCUGAAAGUGUGGCACCACAAGGGCAUUCCUGUUUGUGUUUAGCAAAUUGUGAUUUUACAUUGUGGAGCCCCAUCCCUCCUCUUUUUUUUUCCUCUGGGCUGAUGAAGUUAGUUGUGGUUGAUGAAAAUUAAAAACAAAUUACUUUUGGACUGUCAUCAGAGUCAAUGUUUGACUUAGUGUUACUUGGCAUGUAAUGGGAUAUAUCAUACUCCUUUCUGAUACAAUUGGUAAAAAAAAAUAUUCGGCUGAAUAGUCAUUUUUGUGUUCAUAAUGUUUUAUUUGAUUCCAAUGACUUGUCUUCACUGCGAUCAGUCAAUGAGUGUUAUCUACGGGCAUGUUAGAAUUCUCAUGUUUUAAACACAGUUACAAAGCAUCAAAACCAAAAAUUAUUUUUCAAUUCCACCAUGACUAGUAUGUUUAGGCAUCACUAACCCAUAUAUGUAUGUACUGGUUAACCAAUUACUAAUUACAAACAUCUAUUAAUAGUAUCCUAGAUAUAUUUAUUUCAUUAGUCUAUUAUUUAUUAUAAGAAUUAAUAGCUACAGUCAAAAUACUAAAGCAAAUAUAUUUAUAUACAAAUAAAUUAUGUGCUAUGCAUAGUUAUAUACAAUGUACUAGGUUUAUUCAGUUGGUGCUAAAGGCAGAUCAUAAUUGCCUUCUCAUUUGUGUCUAGCUCAGUGGGAUUUGUCAGACUUACUGUUGUGCUGACCAAAUUGGUUUAUAUCAACAUGUUUUUUCAUUCAUUUCUUUUUGAUUUCACAUUAACUUUUUUUUUAUAAAUUUAAAAAUGUUAUCAUUUUCUCAUAUUACAAGAAGAUUAUGCUAAGUGUCCAAGAUAUAACAAAUAAAUAUCUACUUAAAUUUGAGUAUGAUAGUUUUCAAAUGAAAGCUCAUGUAAUAUUCAUUUAUAAUUUAUGUUACUUCAAACAUUAAUCUCAAUCUCAAAGGCUUAAUGAUAAUACUUAUAGUUUUGUGUUAUUAAAAGAAAUUAACACUGUUUAAAUGUUGUUCAAUCAAAUUCUGUUCUAAAGAAAAAUAGUUUUGUCCUACCUUUUUUGAACUUCUCUAUUUAUUGAAGCAUUCCUUAAGAGAUGGUUAACUUGACUGCAAAUAUUUUUUUUCAAUUUUUUCAAAAGAUCUUAUUUUCUAGAAGAUCUACAUGCAGAAUUGUUCACAAAUACAACUUUGAUUGAUUUGAAAUUUAAAAGUAACAUUUGCUAGUCAACACAGUUUUCUACUCUGAAGGUCUCUUUGGAGAAUUAUUUUUGUAUUGACCAUGCUGUCUAUUUUGUUUUUAUGUUUGAAUACAUUGAUAACGAAGCAAGACAAACCUUAAACCAUAACAGAACCAGAAGGCUUGCGUAGAAUCGUAUUUCACAAUAAUUUUAUUUGGUUUUUUCACUUUUUGCAGAGGAGAUGAUAUAAGUUAAUAUGGACAAAGAUUUGCAUAACAGCCUUUCUGUUAUAAGAAUAAUUUUCUAAAUUCUUUUUCAGUGUAUAUGAUUCUUCAUGAAUAUAUAUAGUUAAUGGCAGAGUUAAGAUGGCUGCCUGGUCAUAUGGUUUGGGCUUUGAAUUUGAUUCCCAGUUAAAAUCUUUACCCUGCAAUUGCUGCAGGAAGACAUCUUCAUUUCUGAAAGUGCAUUUGAAACAUGUAAAAGUCAAAGCCCCAGGAACACUUUAUUCUCAGCCUUUAGUCAAAUAUAACAGCACAAAUGGAAACUGGGAUAUCUAGGUGUCUCUUCAACUUUUGUCCAAAAGUUUACUAUCAAAUCAGGUGCAAUGUAUAUGUACUCAUUUUAUUUUAAAAUUUUGUGUUGCAAAAAAAAAAAAAAAAAAAAAAAGCUCUUAUUUAACUCUUUAAUUUGUGUACCAAUAAAAGUGUUAAUAUCAACAAUGUGAAACUCUAAAAGUAUAUGUUCACAUUUUUUUGGACUAGUAUUGGUCUUACAUUAUUAAUGUGUUCUUUAUUCAUUUACCAAAAUAUAAUUGUACCUGUUUAUAAUUUAUAUAGAGUUUACAAUCAUUUGUUACUACAAUUAUAAAGUGUAUGACUCUGAGCCGAACCUAACAAAAAAUUUUUAGUUGCAGCUUAAUGAAAAAGAAGGAAAUGUUUUUUGUUUGGCUUGGGGAAUUAAUGGAUAUUUAAAAAACAAUUGUGUGCUGCUGCAGAAGAUUAAAAAAUAAACUUCACUAAAUUGUUAACCUUUCUAUUUAAUACAUUUGCUACACUUAGAUGUUAAUCUGGUUCAUGUAAUAAUGUGAUUGAAGAAACAUUUGUAUGACUUAUGAUGAUUUUAUCUAGUGUACAUUACUUAAAAUGAAAAAUUGCAAUAAAAAUGAAAUAAACAAAACA